AAAUUGAUGUUUGAACAUAACCCAAGGAGUGAACUCGGCUUCAGAAAGCUGUUUAUGCCUUUUCGACGCUGAAGACAGGCGAAGCGAGGAUUUGGUGAAGGAAAAUAGGAUCAUCCAGCGUUUAAGGGGAUUUCCUCUGUAUUCCCAGCACAGCUUGUAUCAUCUCCUUCAGCCAUGGCUCCUACACUGGCCACAGCCUUCUCCAGGCGCUGGUGGAUGGCCAUCACUGCGGUCAUCGAGAACCUGUUGUUCUCAGCCGUCCUGCUGGGAUGGGGCUCGCUGCUUAUUAUGCUCAAAUCUGAGGGCUUUUACUCCUACCUCUGCAGAGAAGCAGGUAACGGUACAGGGCACAACGUGUCUGAGAGUGAGAAUGGUACGAUGAAUGCCACAAGACUUGAGGAGGAGGAUAAUCUUCAGAUGAAUGGCUGGCCCAUAUGUAAAGAGCAAGAUGAGAUGCUGAACCUGGCCUUCACCAUCGGCUCCUUCCUCCUGAGCGCCAUCACACUGCCACUUGGCAUUAUCAUGGACAAAUACGGCCCACGCAAACUGAGGCUGCUUGGCAGUGCCUCGUUUGCUAUCUCCUGCUUCCUGAAUAGUGUUACACGCACCACUAGUGUUCAGCUUUAUUACCAGUAAUCAAGGCGAUUCUGCAUUUUUAGUGACUGUAAACCCAUUUGCGGACUGAUUACGAACAAUUUCUGUUGCUUUCAGCUCAUAAAGCUGCUGAAAUGCAAGUAGAGGACUCUAUUUUGCAGUUAUAAAUGACAAACUACCUUAAAGCAGAUCAAUUCUGCUUAAUAUCAGUCGCAUAUGGGUUUCCAUCGGAAGUGGGCAGAUUUUCCGAUUUUAAUCUCAUUCAUAUACCAGCAUGCUUUGGGCAGCAUGAGCAUGAAACCGCAGCUUUCUCUGAACUGGGCUGAUUUUAAAGGACUGAUCUGGCACCCGGGGCUACUGUAAUCGAAGCUUCAUUUUAGUAUGGGAAUUGUGCUGUUAUUUGCUUUGGCAUGCAGAUCCUGUACACUUACAGUACGAGCGAGAUGCAUUUUUGUACAUAUCAGUCCAUUCAGAAGGUUGUAGAAGUCGGAAAGGUUUGGUUUAAGGCCGUAUGUUGGGGAUUUAGCCUCACGUUUCGAUCUGAUCUUCACCAGCAAUACUAUUCCACAUCCACACACAGACUGUACCACUUCCCCCGAUGCAGUACUACUGGUUUAGCUUCACUUGUUAGCACAAAAUAAUGUGUUUUUUUCUUUUCUCCAAGCGAUUUAUUCAGGGUGUUUCACUUUUUAGAGUAAUAAUUCAUAUCAGAUGUUGUUCACCUGCAAUAUAAUCCCUUCAGAGUUCACUUUAUCACCUACAGUAUGUGCACUAAGGAGCUGUGUUUACACCUGCUAUUAAAAUGCAUUAUUGCUGAUCAGAUCACUAUUAGAUGAGGGAGACAGAGUUCCAUUUACAUCCGGUGCUUAAAUCUGUCUCUUUUAUCCACUUUCAAUCCACUUUCCUUAGUUAUUUGAGGGGAAGAUGUAUAUGUUAUUAUAUGACAAAAUUAGCAUGAACACAAGACAGUGGAAAGAGCCUAAAAUCAAUCAGGACUGCUUAGAUAACAUUGUGGUUGGAAGCUUUCGCUUUACGAUUUCCGAAAGCAAAGUUAAAAUUCUGUCUGGAUAGCGUGCUUCAUCAAUAAAGUAUCGUAAUCUUUAAGAAUGAAGCGGAAACAAGAGCUUCAGUGAACGAAAUCCAGUCGAAUGUUUUCGACUACCUCAGGAAGAAGUUGAAAGUGGACAAACUCAAAGCUUUAGACCUCGUUUUCAUCUGUAAGUAGCGUGGUCCGCUUGUGAUCAAAUCAGCAAAAACAGAUCUUAAUACCAGGUGUGAACGAGCCCUCAGUGCACUCUCGGUAAAGAGAUUAGAUGCCAUUAUCGUAUUUAUAUAUCUUGCACUACAGGGUUCGUGAUUACAGAGGUGCUUACGUUAGCCAUUACAGAGUAUAAGCGUCCUGUUACAACCUCAUGCGUACAUGAAAACCACGUUCGCCAUAUGAUUUUUAUGUAUGUCCUCAAGAUUUCUGGUCUGGUUACCAUUUUAACUACGGUGCUUUAGUAGAAUAGAAAAAACAGGAAUGAUACAGAUAGCGAAUACAGAAUUAAGCUGGCUACUCAACAUUGUGGUGAUAAAAACUUGAAAUUAAUUCAUAGCGAUUCGAAAAAGGGAGAUUUUUUAAGACAUGCUUGACGACAAUCCCUUUGAAAACCCAUAUCCUUGUAGUGGGUUGCAGGCCAGUAUAUUGUCCCCUACGAGAAAUCAUCAAAUUGAGUGAAAUCAGUUUUUUUCAACUGUAAAAUCUCUGAUAAAUGGUUUCGUCCGACGUAAAAUCAAUCUAGUUACAUUUCCAGUGUCGUAGUUUCUACAUUUGAUGAACAUUUCUCAGCAAAUGAGUUAUAGUCCACUCACUCAUUCACUUUAACAGUAUUUCCACUGUAAAUGUACAUGAAAAGAUGAAUGCAAGAUCCUGGAUGAGGAAACAGGACUUGCGCAUGUUGUCUUCUCAACAGUUGCCAUAAAUGUGACCUUACUCUAUGACCCCCUUAGAAGAGGAAUAGGUCAGAUCCACUUCGCAGCAUCCACUUAUAUCUGUCACACUGUUUUUGUGAAUAGUUUGUCAGAGCUGAAGUCCUGGAUGGACUGCGUUUGCUGGCUUGAACACGCCUGGAUAUUGCAAGUGAAUUCCAAUCUAAUGCAGUACUGUACUAAGCGCAAUGAAUGUGAGAGUAAGAUCGUUUACUCUCAGGACGAGAGAAGUAGCACUUUUUCUCACUGCCAUACCUUAAAUUUUCAUUCUUUAUUCAGUUUUCACGUUGAUUUUGGUUUUAAAUGUCGGUUUAUUAUCCCAUUAUACGUGUAUGAGCGUGGAAAAAUGCCCACACACACAUACACAGAUGUAAGAGGGAAGAAAAGAAGAGCUUUAACACCAGUGUUUUCUCUCUGUAUGGUAUUGUACUUUUAUCGUCAUUUGUUGAUUAUUUUGUUGAUUUUUCUACCUUUGUAGCUUGUGUUUUCAGUCACGUGUACAUGUACAUAGUUUUUCUCUUUUUGUUUUGUGGCCGUUUUACUGUACUUGGCUUUUGGGUUUCUUCAUUCUAUUACUAUAUAGCACCUUUUUGAAUAAAUGUCUCAACAAAAUAUCCAAUAUGUGAAAAUAAAAAACUAUUCAUUUGUA